AAAAGAGAGCUGAGUUUGGGGAGAGAAGGCGAGAGUGCGGAGAGAGAUGUGCAACAGCCUCGAAGCUAGUUCAAACUAGUGGGAGGUUGUCUGCAGAGAAGAAUCAGCAAAACACACACAAAUUAGUCGUCUAAAGAAACUAAUUAUGGCUCGUGGGAAGGUCCAGAUGAAGAGGAUAGAGAACCCGGUGCACCGGCAGGUGACCUUCUGCAAGCGCCGAGCUGGUCUCCUUAAGAAGGCCAAGGAGCUCUCCGUGCUGUGCGAUGCUGAAAUUGGCGUUCUCAUUUUCUCCGCCCAUGGCAAGCUCUACGACCUGGCCACUAAAGGAACCAUGCAAGGGCUUAUUGAGAGGUACAUGAAGUCAACCGGAGGGACUGAUCAGCUCCCUCAGCAGGCCGGAGAACAGCAACUUCAGGAGUCCAAAGAGGAAACAUGUAUGCUGAGAAGUGAAAUUGAGUUUCUGCAGAAGGGUCUGAGGAACAUGUCAGGAGGGGGAUUUGGGACAAUGACAGUGGACGAGUUACACAUGCUCGAAAAGCAUCUGGAGAUUUGGAUUUAUCAAAUUCGCUCAGCCAAGAUGGACAUCAUGUGUAGAGAGAUACAGUCACUGAAGAAUAAGGCAAAGUCCCAGGCUAUUUGUCCCCAGCUUCGGAAGACCAACCUACCGAAAACUCUUUUGGGACCCCCAUUUUUUUAGCUCCACGAAUGUCCUUUUGGCCCUCUAGUCUCGAAGGCCCUUCAUCUAGGUUCGUCUAGAUUCAGCUCUCUUACUUGAUCCUUACUUGGUUAGUCUUGCCAAUAGCACACGUGGAUGUCAAGAUCACAUUUCCUACAUUAUAAAUCUAUUGUUGUAGUUUGGCAACAAUAAUUAGCAUCGUUUGUGGGAAAACGAUGAAAAGUCUAAUAAAGAAUGCUAUCAAUGGCAAGCACUAGAGGCAAUCGAUGGACUCUCUCAUAAGGUAUUGAAAUUUCAUGAGACUCGCAAAAUCCAAUAGGAGUGCA